AUGAGAAGGCAUCAGGGUUUAAAAUUAUUCAAAUGUGAGCAAUGUGAUCGAAGGUUCGUUUCGAAGGGCGAGCUGGUAGCGCACAACCGCAAGCACAGCGGCGCUCACCCGUUCGUGUGCGACGACUGCGGCAACGGCUUCACCACGUCCAGCUCGCUGGUGAAGCACCGCAGGAUCCACACGGGCGAGCGGCCGUACGCCUGCGACCUGUGCAGCAUGCGCUUCACCGCCUCCGGCACGCUGAAGAACCACCGGCGCAUCCACACCGGCGAGAAGCCGUACCAGUGCUCGCACUGCGAGAAGGCCUUCGUGCAGAGGCAGGACCUCGUGUCCCACAUCCGCUGCCACACCGGCGAGCGGCCGUUCGUGUGCCCCCACUGCGAGCAGGCGUUCAGGAAGGCGUCCGGCCUGAAGGGACACCUUAAGGUGCACGCGAAGGAGCCGAUGACCCUGCAGCUGCAGAUGCCGAUGCCGGCGCAGAAGGACGUGGGCCUCGCGGUCCUGCACGGCGUGUUGAUCAACGGUGUUCAAGACAUCGUGACCGGA